GCUCCAGACCCUCCAUCUAGCCCAGUCAUUUGAUCUCCAUCUUCUCAACACCAAGAGAAACCAUCACCAACCGGGUUAUGUUCGCCUAAGCAGGCCCCCCCUUCCCCCAAUCACAUCAUCGCCGACGUCACUCUGCAGCAUGUCGUCCGUCAUGCGACGCGUCUGGACGGCCGCCGCUCAGCCCUUGGCAUCGACUCGACGGCGCAUAUCGACCUUGCCGGUCAGCCUAGGGCUGGCUAAGAACCAAGUCUUUGAUCCUAUCCGCUCUCCAGCCUCCUUCAACUCCAUCCUCUCCCUCUCCACCUCCCUCCAAGCUCCUCUCCUCACCCUCUGGACAACCUCCUGGUGUCCCUCCUGCCGCUCCAUCGAGCCUCUCCUCCGCAGCCUCGUCACCUCCGGCGUCGGCGAGUCCCACGGCGGCGUGCUCUUCGCCCCCGUCCAGUUCGAUGCGCCCGAGAUGAUGUCGGCCUCCGUCCCGGGCCCGCCGCUGGCUUCUCUAUACGCAAUCACCUCGGUGCCGACGCUGCUGAGCUUCGCAGCCGGCGAGGCUCGUGUCGGCACCAGAGUGAUGGAUGCGAGGAAGCUGGCGGACAGGCAGUUUCUCGUCGAUUGGAUAUGCAACGAGGCGAGGCGCGAAGGGGACGCGGCUGGAGGGGGAUCUGCUUCAUUUGGCGGUUUGUUCAACAGCCGAUGAAGCGGGAAAAGAGACAGACGAAAUGUACGAUACGAUGCGCAUGAAUAGACUAUUCCGGUCCAUGUACGAUACGAUACAAGAUAUAGAACAUAGAUAUUUGUCUGGUAAAAGGGCAAACUACCUCUAUUAAUACAUUGAAAUCGAAAAAGAUGGUUAAGGAAAGGCAAAAAAGAGUAUGCAUAUAAAAUCAAAAAGCUUUCCGUAAAAAUCCUAUCCUGUCUACCC